CAGGCUUCCAAACAUAGCAUACUCCAGCUGCCGAAUAACUGUCAAAGGAAAAAGACCGACUGUCCUGUUUGAAUGCCAGCGCUCACGGCACAUCUCGGAUCGUCUGACUUGAAUCCUGAGGUGUCUUGUUAUUUAGACAGAUUGAGCCCGUGAAACUUGAUAUCGACACUGAAAUCAGCAUGUCGCGACAGCACGCCAGCAUGCCUGGCGUUGAGCAAUUCGAUGAGUACUUUCAUAAGAAUCCAGCGCCGAAGUCUCUGUCAAAACACCAAGCAUUAACACGCGAGUUCGUCCAGUUCCACCUAGAAAGCUCACCAAACCGACGAAUUGCGUUGGUCACCUCAGGAGGCACGACGGUACCCCUCGAGAAUCAGACGGUACGCUUUAUCGAUAACUUCUCCGCUGGAACCCGUGGAGCAACGUCAGCUGAAUACUUCCUGGAGGCGGGCUACGCCGUGAUAUUUCUCCAUCGACAGUUCAGCCUCCUGCCUUACUCCCGGCACUACAGCCACAGUACAAACUGCUUCCUUGACUUCAUGGAAGAACAUGAUGGUGAUGAUGAGCGUGUCGUAGUGAGGAAGGAGUAUCAGGAGAAGAUGCGACGUGUUCUACACCAAUACCAAUUGGCCAAGAAGAAUCGCCUUUUACUCCUGCUGCCUUUCACCACCGUCACCGACUACCUCUUCCAAUUACGCAGUCUCGCCGUCUCGAUGCAGCCGCUAGGCGAACGCGCGCUGUUCUAUCUUGCGGCAGCCGUCUCUGAUUUCUUCAUUCCCAGAGAACGCAUGGAGGAGCACAAAAUCCAGUCGAGAGAAGAUCACGCCGGCGGGCAAGGAGCAGGGGCAAGUCGACAAUUGGUCAUCAAUCUCGACCCGGUACCUAAAUUCCUCAGCACGUUGGUGCACUCGUGGGCACCCAAGGGAAGCAUGAUUGUGAGCUUCAAGCUUGAGACUGAUCCUGCCCUUCUUGUGGCCAAAGCCGAACAAGCUCUCAAGAGAUAUCAGCAUGAUUUGGUUAUCGGUAACCUACUGACUACGCGCAAAUGGGAAGUGGUGUUCAUUACCCGGAACGGAGGCGAGAGGUGGCUCCGAGUCCCCAAAGCACGGAGAUCGAAAAGUAUCUCUGGAGUUGAAGAAUUGGUAGGCAAGGCAGAACGCAAGCACGAAGCUCAACAUGUGGAUCUUGAAGGAGGGACUGUGACCGAAGGCAUGGAAAUAGAGAGCUUGAUCAUACCCGAGCUGGCCAUCAUGCAUACAGACAUGAUAGAGAAUGGAAAAUGACCCCGAGGCAGGCCAAUGACGGUAAUGGGUCCAGCAAAACCCCAAUAUUAAACUACCAUGAAUCUCUAUCUAUUGCUAUAAUGAGGAAAUCGUCUAAAUACA